ACCAACAACAAGGUCCCAUUGGCGUUUCACUUCAUUCAUUCACAUUCACUCACUCGCUCCCUCUUUCGCUCUUAAAAUCCGUGCACUUCGUUCCAGACGCAUGAGAGAGAGAGACUGAAACGCAGGACAGCGUUGCCGUUUUGGACGACGCUAAACGACGAACCAAAACGCGUUCGCUACAAACACAAACCGUAACUCACAACUGUACCACUACAAAAUCAUCGACGUUUCCAUUCAGCAACACGCUGAAUCAGUGAGGCGAAGCGCCAGGAGAAUGGGAAAAUCGACCACAGGGAACAGAGACUGGACGCAGAUGUACGCGAUCUACGGAAUGGAGCAAUGGCAAACCCUAAUAUUCCUAUUGUGCCAGGCGAUACUCUUCUCUGUCUUGUCUGUUUUGUAUCUUCUUUAUUUCGAUCUCGUAUGCAACUUUUUCGAGCGAAUCUUUUCGGGCGGCGCCGGCGGCACCGCGCGAUUCGCUGCCGGAAUCACCGGCUCCGUGACGGCGCUCUCCGCGCUGUGCCUGUUCUUCGCGGCGGCGAAUUUUUUCUACUCGUCCGUACCGCUGCACUUCGACAUGGCGCAGCGCAUCGUCUCCGCCGUGCACGACUGGUCCUCGGUGAAGCUGGCGCUGGACCUCGGCUGCUGCGGCCGCGGGAUCCUCCUGAACGCGGUGGCGACGCAGCUCAAGAAGGAAGGGAGCUCCGGCCGCGUCGUCGGCCUCGACCGGUCGAAGCGGACGACGCUGUCGACGCUGCGCGCGGCGAAGAUGGAGGGAGUCGGCGAGUACGUGACGUGCCGCGAGGGCGACGCGCGGCGGCUGCCGUUUCCGGAUAACUACUUCGACGUGGUGGUUUCCGGCGUGUUCGUGCACACCGUCGGGAGGGAGUACGGCGCGCGCACGGCGGAGGCGGCGGCGGAGAGGAUGCGCGCAGUGGCGGAGUUGGUGAGGGUGAUGAAGCCUGGCGGUGUAGGUGUGGUGUGGGACCUACUGCACGUGCCGGAGUACGUGCUUCGGUUGCAGGAAUUGAAGAUGGAAGAUGUGAGAGUUUCUGAGCGUGUAACCGCCUUCAUGGUCAGCAGCCACAUCGUUUCAUUCCGGAAGCCCAGUCAGCACGUCCAUGGCCCCGCCGAAGUUCGCUUGGACUGGAGAUUAUGCUGACCUGGAUUUUUCACACUAAAUAGACAAAUAUUAAUUAUAUAUAUAUAUUAAUAUUAUACUAAGAAAUAUUUUCUUAAAAAAAAAGAGAUAUGAAUGAGAAUAUCUGAAGGUAAAGUUAUGGCUGGGGAGGCGAAGGCGAACCAGAUCUUGAAAAAAAUUAUAUGUAAAAAAAAGCAAAGAAGUGGAUGAUGCAAUAAUGUGAUGAAUCGAGUUGGAGCCGGAUUUUUGUAUAUGUUGCUGGUUUUAUUGAUAGCAAUGAAAUUGUAGCCCUUUUGAUGUAUCUUAGUUCUUGUUUUUUUUUUUUUUGUUUUCUCAAAAUUGAUUUUGAAUGCUGUGUGAUUGUGUUGAAAUUGUGUUAGAUUAUGUUUAUUCUGUUUUUCAUACCGGUGCUAAUUUUUCAAACGUUGUUUGAAUGGGGGAAGGUUUUAAUUAUGAGUAGUGGAAAAGCCGCUAAUCGUGGCUUGAAUGGAUGAAUAGUGAGGCAAAGAAGAGUUUCUUUUGAUUUUUAAUUUUUAAGCAUGAAGGUGUCGUUGUCUUUAUUUAAUUUUUGGGGUUUCGAGUUUCUCUCUUCCAUGUGAGGUUGGAUUCUAUUAUAAAAAGUUGAAAGCUAAAUGUCGACGAAUGGAUGGCAAAAAAAAGUAGUGAUAUUUCUUUCCGGUACAAUGCAACUUUGUGGAGGUUAUGGGUUGAAAUGAUGGCGUGGACUGCUGGCCCUGUUGGAGUCACAAUCAGAGAUUUUCGAUUGCGAAGCUUUAACCACAUGCUGGAGGAGUUUGUUGAAGUUUACAUCUCAUGCUACGGAGUGAGGUUCGUGAUGUUGCUAGCCAUAGAGAACUGAAAUGGUUUCCCAAAAUUUGGUGAUGGAGUCAUUUAACUUCGUUUUGUUCUAUCAAUUUGCACGUGAAGUUGAAAAUUACUGGUAUUGUGUUCA